AUGUUUACAGCCCUCGCUGUGCUCUGUGCUGCUGUGCUGCAGUGCUGCACUACACAGUACAUACGCCGCCCACGCCCACGCCCGCCGCUCGCUGUCGACGUCUGCCCGCCGCUCGCUGCACCUGCCGCCUACGACGUGCCUACGACGUACCUACCUUUGUCCCCCGCGCCCGUCUGCCCAGGCCGCCCGAGCAGCCCCCAGCGUGCCUUCCCAAUUCGCCCGUCGAUGCCUUCCUGA